AAAAGAAGAUAAACUCGAGCAAUCAACAAAAUAAAAUAAAAUAAAAUAAAAUGACGAUUAUAAAAUAAAUAGAUGCCCAACGCUGUAGCACAGGGGCUUUCCAUUGCCCAAUUAAAAUGUAUUUAUAUAUUUAUUUCAUUAGAUUUAUACCAGUGAAUCCAUCCAAUCCAUGAAUAAAGUUUUUAUUGUUUUGAGAAUGAACUUGGAUAAAUGUAUUUUAAGAAUAAAAAUAUUGAGAUUAUUUGUAAUAAUUGGCACAUUUUCAACGGUGGUAGUGUUUUUAAUCUAUUCAUUACCAAACGAUGAAAGAGAAACUGUAACAAAAUUCAACCAAGGAUUUUUUAGCACAUGGCCGAAACCAGCAUCACGUGGAAAUCAAAAAAGUAAUCAACUCGGCGCAGACAUUUCUAAUCAGUAUAUUGUGAAAAAUACAUUUAUAAGAGAUCGUAUUAAAUUGAAUAGAGAGCAUACAUCGCAUGCCAAAAUUAAACGUCUCACAGUGAAUCGAUUGCAAAAUGAUGAUACAAUACUUCUGGUUAAUGCAACAAAAAAUCUUCCAAGGCAUUCAGCUUCCAAUGUCCACAUUUUCUAUACAAUUCCGGUAAAAUGGAGUCAACAAACAACCGGAUUUUGGCCACUGCUCGGAACAUAUGCACCAGAUAAUCGAACGUUGAGACAUCAUUUCAAAAAUAUCCAACUGACGGGAGCAAAUGUUUUGAUUGUAACCUGGUCGCCGUCAGUUCAAGAAGAAUUGCUAAGGCAUUUAUUUGAUCAAGCGCAAAAUUUUGAUAUUCAGAUCGCCAUUGAAAUUGAUUCCUAUCCCAAUCGAACAAUUUCAUCUAUUUUCAAUGAUAUUCAGUAUUUUUACAAUGAAUUUUGGGAGCACCGAAGUCUAUAUAAAGUAUUUGUCAGUUCAAAAAAUUCUUAUUUACCGAUGUUUUACAUAAAAAAUGUCGAAAGUCAAACAUCAAUCGAUUGGAAGAAAUUGUUGUCAUCGGAUGGUGAAAUUUCAUUGCGAAAUAGUUUUCAUGAUGCAGUUUUUAUCGGCCAUAUUAGCACAAAAAAAGACGUAUCUCUCAUUAAGGUGGCCAAUUUCAAUGGUUUUUAUAGUCGUUCGGUGAGCAAUGGUGCCACAUAUGCGUCCACAUGGAAGUAUUGGUCUGAAUUGAAAAAAACAGCCGAAAAAUUUCAUUUAAUUUUUUUGCCGACGGUUGGACCAGGCUAUGACGAAAAACAACCAAAGACUGUUAGCAGACGACGACAUCGUACAAAUGGUCAAUACUAUGGUGUUGGUUGGCGUACGGCAAUUGCCAUCGGUGCAGAAUUUAUCAACAUUGCCAGUUACAAUGAUUGGCUUUCAGGCACCCAGAUCGAAGAAGCAAUACCUCGAAUUGGAUUCAAAGACUACAGUCCAGGGACACCAUAUUUAUAUAUUGAUUUAACUCGAUAUUGGAUCCAUGAAUACAUCAAAUCAUGGCAAACGGAUACAAUGAAACGUAUGAUCGAUAUUAAAAUCUGCAAUAGUUCCAUACUGUUUGCUAACUGCGAAAAGAAUUUUUGAGCCAAAUCAUGACCUGCUUUCUAACAUUAGUUGGAACGAUUGGACUUUUUUAAAUUUUGAAAUUCUAAUCUGUUAAAACUCAAAUAUAUCCCAUGCUAUAGCUCAACAAAAUACAUUUGUGAUUCACAUUUGUACAAUAAUUCACUUCAUUGCGGCUUGUGAAGUUAACCGAAGCAAUUGCUUGCAGCAAAAAUGGAAGAUAAUAUAUUUUAUUGUUUACAUCAUAAAA